CCUCCCUCUUCUCCCUACUAUGUUUCCCCUCCCCAGGUUUCUUUUUAUCGAGAGCUGAUGUGUACAUCCUGCCGUGCCAUGGACGGGCCUGGUGCCGGGGGAUGUCAGCGGGCGCAGCCUAGAUGAAACUAUUUGUGUGCUGGGUGCUCACCUACGUGGUCUGCCUGGCCGUGGUCAGGAAGAUGUGGAGUGGCCGGUACCUGAGGAGCCACCUCAGCAGAUCUCUGUACAUGAACAUGAUGAGCCACAGCCAGGCCACGUACUGGGAAGGGAACCACCAGUGGUAUUUGUGUGACACAGAGAAGUUACGCGAAGCGCUCCGACCCAUGUUUGUCCAAAGCUUCCUCGAUCAAGGAACUCAAGCUUUCUUAAACAGGAGCAUUGAGAAGUCCGGCUGGUUGUCUAUCCAGCUAUAUCACUCCUUUAUGUCUUCCGUGUUCAGCGUCUUCAUGUCCAGGACCUCGAUCAAUGGGUUACUUGGAAGGGGGUCCAUGUUUGUAUUUUCACCAGAACAGUUCCAGAGACUUCUCAGAAUCGGACCAGAUUGGAAGACGCACCGACUGCUUGAUUUAGGAGCAGGAGACGGGGAGGUCACACGGGUCAUGAGUCCACACUUUGAUGAGAUCUAUGUUACAGAAAUGUCCCAGACUAUGAUUUGGCAACUUCAAAAGAAGAAAUACAGAGUGCUCGAUAUUGAUGAAUGGCAAAAUACAGGAUUCCAGUAUGAUGUCAUUAGCUGCUUAAACCUUCUUGACCGAUGUCAUCAACCUGUGACUUUACUGAAGGAGAUGAGAAGCGUCCUCGAGCCAACCAGGGGUAGAGUUAUCCUUGCUCUGGUGCUGCCUUUCCACCCUUACGUAGAAAAUGGUGGUAAAUGGGAAAAGCCGUCUGAAUCGAUGGAAGUGAAUGGAACCGUUUGGGAAGAGCAGGUGAACAGCCUCGCCGACGUCUUCCACGAAGCUGGUUUUGUGGUGGAAGCUUUCACCAGGCUGCCCUAUUUAUGUGAAGGAGACAUGUACAAUGACUAUUAUGUUUUGGAUGAUGCGGUCUUUGUUCUCCGGCCAGUUCCUUCCUUUUAGACUUUACAAGUGACGUAAACCGAAAUUGAUCUCCUUGGAUCUACAACGUAAUGACUGUGUCUGCAUCCAAAUCAUGUGAAGCGCUCCAAUGCCAAACCUUAUUGUAUUUCUGGAGAAACCUUGUCGAUAUAAUCAUACGUGAAUGAGUGAGUAUUGUGUGCAUACAGAAUUUGGUUGUUUUUUUUACCGAUUUAACAGUGCUACCUUUUUUUCAACAAAAAUGGACAUUUUUAAUACAAUUGCUUAAUGUACAUCAUGCCAUGCGGAUCUGUUUAAAUAAACAUUAAACUCUUGCUAUGUUAAUUUAGAACAUGCAAAGAAUCUUCCAUGUUAAUCCAAAGGUUUGAAUGGCCAUUUGAAAGCACACAAUUUUUUUAACCAUGUCAAUAAAAAAAUAAAGUACAGUGGUUUUCAAUU